AUGUCGAAUAGAUCAGUUGAAGUUCUCAUCAAUGAUUUGUAUCCCAAGUUGGAAAGUUGCAAAAUUUAUAUUCAUCAUCAAAAUACCGAAUGCCCAAUUGAGAAAUUAUUAGAUUCGAAUAGAUUAUGUGAAAAAAUGAAAGAUUUCGCUUGUGUGUUUGAUGAUGGUUCCAAGACGACCUUAAAAAUUCCAAAUGAGAAGUAUUUUCCAAAUCUUGAAUGUCUCUCUACUCAAACAUCCUCUUCCCCAAUUUCAUUUCAAAAUUUGGUAAAAUUGCGAGUUCAUUGCAUUUCAAUUUUGGAAAAGAGUAAUCUUCCAAAUUUGGAAGAAUUGGAAUUGAGGCCACGAUCUCUCCCAUUGGAUGAAAUUAUAAUUCCAAAAUCUAUGAAUGCACCAAAAUUGAAAUUUAUUUACAUGAAAACUUUGAAUGGUGGCUUGAAGAAUUUUGAUCAAUUUACAAAUUUGGAAAAAUUAAUUAUUCACAGUUCAUCUUCAUUAGGAAAAACUCCAUUGACCAUUCUUGAAAAUUUACCAAAACUCAAUGAUAUAAGAAUUUAUUCAUAUUUUGGAGGUAAUUCAUUUUCAAAACUUUCCAAACAAAUCAAAUUUACCAAAUUAGUAAUUAAACCAAAGUAUGGGUAUGAUGAAAAACCUUAUUUGGACAUGGAGGAUGUGAAAUACAUUUCAAAAUUGGAAUCCUUACAAUAUUUAGAAUUGAAUGUAGCGGAUCAGGAACAAUUUGAUAUUCUAAUCAAUGCAAAUUUACCAAAUUUAACACAACUCAAUUUCAAUAAUCAUUUGACAAGUGAAAAUAUCAUUUCAAUUUUACAAUCUAAAUUUCACAAACUCAAAACGUUGGGGAUUACUCAAGCUGAUAAGCCAAUGAUGAAAUUAUUUAAAAAAUAUUCACUUCCUAAUUUGGAUACUGUGAAAUUUAGAAAGAGAAGAGCUUGUACUCCAUUUAAAGCUUUGAAACCAUUGUUGAAAUCAAAUUAUAUUCGAAACAUUAAGUAUUAUUGUGGAAAACGAGAUUUACUCAAGUUGGAAAAGUUUUGUGAAAGAAAUCAGAGAAUCAAAUUGGAAUUGUUUAGUGAGGCAACCUCUGUUUAUCCAAAUUUUAUUUGUAAAAUUACUAAGAUUUAG